AGAGUUCAGAGUGUUUUCGCAGCCGGACGGGAGGUUGGUGUUCAUGAUUAUGGGAUGUCUCGUUCAAACGCUCGGAGUGUAAAAAGAGGAGCAGGAAACCAUGGCAACCGGGAGGGGAUUUUACCUUAGAGCUGAUUGAUCGACGCACGAGACAGAUCUCCGUUUCCUGCACAGGUGCAGCUUCCUGCUGAAGAAUGUCUUCCUCUUCCUCUUCCUCUUCGUCUUCUUCUUCUUCUUGUCCCUCUUCCUCCUCGCUGCCCUACUUCUGUCCUCGCUGUGGAGACGGUUUUCGUUUCUCGUCCGUACCUGAGCUCCGUGUUCACCUGGUCAGCCGACACACCUACGAGACCCUGCUGGUGCUGUCACAGGGUCGUGUCCGGAGCUCCAGCGUUCUGCUCCCCCUUCCUGGUCCCGUUUUACCCCAGAAACAGAGCUCCUCUCUGGGCCUCUCCCUCCAGAUGGACCUGGCCUCCUUCGGGGAUCCUCCAGAGGACCUCUCCAAAGCUCUGGCUCUCCCGCAGUCUGUGCAGCCUUUCCUGGGUAAGAAGCUCCGUGAAGUGGGGGUCCUGAACCUGGAGGUCAUUGACAUCGGGCUGGAAGAGCGUCUGGGACUCGGAGUGGAUCUUAAAAUCGGACGGAUGUUUGCGGAGGUCGAGGAGAGGGUGAACCGACGAGUGUUUCGACUGAAGGCGGAGCUUCGGAAGAGGGAGGCGGAGCUAGAGAAAGAGAGGCGGGGCCGAGAGAGGCUGAAGAGCCAGAAACAGGAAGUGGAGGAGCGGGCGGCGUACCUGUCCAGACAGGUCUGUGCUGCGGUGGAGAUGAUGGAGCGCCUGAAGAAAGAUCUGGAAGGAAAAGACCAAGAGCUGAACGAGCGACAACAGGAGAUGGUGGACAUUGAGUCAUUUCUGAGAGAAACUGCAGAGAAAGAGGCCGAAGCAAAAUCCAGACUACAGGUGUUCAUCGAGACGCUGUUGGCGCGCGCUGACCGUGCAGAGAGGCAGUUACUGCUGGCCAGCUCACACACACAUCUGUACACACACACUGAACCUUACACACACCCCUACACACACACACAUGGACACACACCUGCAGUCGGGUGGGGGGGGCGCAGUCUGGACGCCAGCACUGAGGACGUCCUGGCAGACAAGAUGCAGGGCAGCAUCGGAAACAGGAGGAGUUACAGCGUGUCGGGUUCCUGCAGACUGGGGGAGCAGCUGUACAGCCAACAUCCCUACAGUGGUGUUUCUGGUCUGAUGCGGACUUCCUCUCUGGGAUCUGGAGGAUGGGAUGAAGAGGGGGGGCUCCAACAACAUGUUCCACCCUGGACCAGAAGAGAGAGGCACAGGGAGCAGGAGGGAGGCUGUCGGAGGACGUGGAGCAAAAGAAACCUUCGCCAGUACAGCACCGAAGAAGAAGAGGAAGAGGAAGAGGAUGAAGAAAUAGAAGAACAAGAGGAGGAAGAGGAAGAAUUCUGGUGCAGCGCUGAGAUCCGGAGGCUCGUUUUCGCCCGGAAAAACACACCUGGCUCAAAUGCCUCCCUUUCACCAGCCCGUCCUCACCUGGCGGACAUCUUGCGUUUGAGGGCGGGUCUUUUCUGCGUGUUUCUAUAUUUGGACGUGCGCUCGCUGCUGCACGCCGCUGAGGUCUGCUCUGAUUGGCUGUUCGUUGCUAGACACCCGGCCGUAUGGACACGCCUCCGGCUGGAAAACGCCAGGGUGUCCGCUGAGUUCCUGACCACCCUGUCUCAGUGGUGCACUCAGACUCAGUCCGUGGUUUUGCACAACCUUAAGCCUCGGAGCAGACGAGCCGACGAGACGCGGGAGGAUUACCACAAAAACACACGGGGCGUAGUGGAGCCCGGGGUGGAGGUCCUGCUCCGGUCGGCGGGGGGCAGUCUGCUUCACCUGUCUGUCUCUCAGUGUCCUCACAUCCUCACAGACAGGACGCUGUGGCUCGCCAGCUGCUACAGCAGGAACCUGAACACACUCACAUACAGGAGCUCUUCAGAUCCUCUUGGUCAUGAGGUUCUCUGGGCCCUGGGUGCAGGCUGCAGGAACAUCAGCAGCCUGCAGGUGGCGCCAGCUCACCCCUGCCAACAGCCCACUCGCUUUGGAAACCGCUGCCUGCAGACGAUUGGUCGAUGCUGGCCCCGCCUCCAAUCCCUCAGUGUGGGCGGAGCCGGCUGUGGGACGCAGGGAUUGGUCGCCUUAGUGCGUAGCUGUGCUCAGCUCCAGGUGUUGGAGUUGGAGCGUGUUUCCGACCUCGGCCUGCAGGCGGCGACGGCGCUGUGUGAGGCCGGACUGAAGAGCGUACACACACUGAUCCUCACACACACUCCUGUCAGCGGCCAGGCCCUUCUGCACUUCCACAGUGUGUGUGAGAACAUCAGGUCCAUGGGUGUGGAGGUCUCGGUGUCGGAUUACUUCGAGGAGCCCGACUCUCAGGAAGCUCAGCAUCUGUUCUGGGAAAUAUUGAACACACUGAAGGUUCUCCAGAAACGUCCCGGUCUGUGUGACGUCCUGCAAGUUAAAACUGGAUGAACGGAUGAACAUGAA